CGUAUAAACAUAACGCAGAGUCAUAAAACCAUGAACCACAACAAACGAAUUUGGGCACUGUAAGCGUUACGCAAACCCUCGCGCAGAAUCACCUACGCCAUUUUUGUCACUUCUGUCAAGGCGUCUUUUGUGAGCGGUAGUGUUUUCCGGUGAGAUUUUUUUUUUGGGUUUCGAAAAAGUGUAGUGAAUUGUUCUUACUUAAAUAGAAGUAAACUAUAUAAUUAUUGAACUACAUUCCAGAAGUUGAAAGUGAAAGUGAAAUUCCGGCACAAAACUCCGGCCAGCUUCAUCAGCAGCAGAACAAUCAAGCUCACGCACAAUUCCGGCACAAAAUUUUGGCCAGCAUCAUCAGCAGAAGAAAAAAUACGUUUUCAAUGAGUAGUACUGGGCUCGUAUGUUUCCUGUGCCGUCGAAGAUACCCGGGGGCGAAUGUGUUGAUGAAACAUUUGUCAAGUAUAAGAUCUCACCAUCUGAAUCAGCACAGCCAUUUUAAAUGCGCCCAAGAAAACUGUGGAAGAGAAUAUACAAACAGCAGAUCUUUUGUACGGCAUCUUAAAAAGGAACACCCUCAAAAUGUACCAGAGCACUGGAGUUCUCAGAGAUUGCAUGCAGAACCAGUAGAUAUUAGGUAUGUGCAAAAUUCAUAGGAUCCAACUAAUUCGUGUACGAUGGUAUUCAAUUGUACUUUUUUUUUAAUUUUUAUUUAUUUUUUAGUCUUGACGAUACUACUGACCACCGCAAUGUAUCAAAUUCGAUGCAGCCCGAAGCAGAACAGAAUUUUGAAGGUGCUACAAGAGACGAAGAUGUUCAACACGAUGGUUUUUGGCAUGAUAUAAGAAGGCAGCUUGAUGAUGAUCUACUAACAACAAUUCAAAAAACUGGAACAGCAUUUGCCAUAUUUCUGCACAGCUUGCCCAACUAUAAUCGAGCAAUGGUGUUCGAAGUUAUCGCUUCCUUCAAAAAUAUGGUUUUGGAACCUUUGAUGUCCGUCGCUUGUGAAGUCAUCAAACCAGUCGUUUCAGAAGCAGAACAAGUUCCAUUAUUGAACGAAUUAAUGAAAAUAACACAGGCGUUUGAUGCAGUUAACACAGAUCACAAAUUGGUUAAGUUAUUGAAGGAAGAAUGUCAUUUCCACAUGCCUGUACUCGACGAAGUUAACAGUGAGCUGAUCCCUGUGGAAAUUGGUAACGAUAGCGUAGAAUUGUUAGAAAAAUCAAAAUGCAAUGUGUACAUCGGAUUAGAGAAUUUUUUUACCAGUUUUUUCAAGAUCGAAGCUAAUAUUGAGGCAUUGCUGGAAAACUAUCAGAAAAUGACUACUUCUAAUGGAAACCUUAACGAUAACUUCGUGAAAGGAAAAUUCUGGAGGCAAAAAACUGAAAAAAGACCUGGUCAAAUUUGCAUCCCUUACUUCAUUUUUGCUGAUUCUUUUGAAAUCAACAACCCGCUGGGUUCGAAAGCUGGCAAGCAAGCUCUGACUGGGUUCUACUUGAAUUUUCCGAGUUUGCCACGUCACAUCCAUGGCAAGAUUGAAAACAUGUUCCUGGUUCAGUUCGUAUAUUCUGCCAUUGAGAAAACUUUCUCCAACGACGCGAUCCUAAACACUUUGAUCCAGGAAAUAUCUCGUCUAGAAAAAACACCUGUGAAAAUUCAGGUAAAAGGAGAAGAUAAGGAUAUAUUCUUCUUAUUUGGCGGAUUGAGAGGAGACAACUUGGGCUUAAACAGCCUGUUGGACUACAGCAGGUCAUUUGUUGCCAACCAUCCAUGCAGGAUUUGCUCGAUGGAUCUGGAACAUAUAAGGGAAAGCGCUGUGGACGAACCUAAUCUGUACCGGACCGAAGAAACAUAUAAUCAAGCUUUAGAGAUCAAUCGCUUUUCGGAAACAGGAAUUAAGAAAAAUUCAGUUUUUAACAGUAUUCCGGACUUUCAUAUCACCGACCUCAAGAUUGUGGAUUGCAUGCAUGACUUUUUCGAAGGAUUCGCUCAUGAUGCUCUCGCUUGCUGCAUUCUUCACUUUAUUGCAAAAGGAUUUUUCUCGCUGUUCACAUUGAAUCAGCGUGUCCAGCGAUAUGAUUACGACAUCAACGAGCGGAAAAGUAUUCCGCCAGAAAUAAGGCAGGAGAACUUGGACAGCCUAAAACUAAAAAUGACCGCAGGACAGAUGAAGUGCUUCGUCGACAAUAUCACCCUGAUGAUUGGCGACCUAGUACCGGCCGGAGAUGAGUGGACAUUCCUCAUAAAUGUCACUAAGGUUGGGUCAUGCGUAAUGAAACCUUCUUUCACGUCUGAGGAAAUUGAAGAGUUUAAACAACUCAUUCAACAGACGUUGACCCAGUACAAGGUUCUCUUCAAUAAGCAUCUUAAACCGAAAGCACAUUUUCUGACGCAUUACCCGCUCGCAAUCGAGUGGAUGGGUCCAACUCGAUUUACAUCAACAUUCAUACCCGAAAUGAAACAUAAAUACUUUAAAAAAAUAGCCACCGUCACAUCAUCCCGGAAAAAUAUUGCCUUGACAUUGGCGAUAAAGGACCAGUUUAAGAUGGCCCAUAAAUUUUUCAAGUGCAUCAGUAAUUUUGGACCACUGCAGUUGGAUGAAGGGACUGGAUUUUUCAUCAAGCUUGACUGUAUUCCUAUCCCGAGCGAGCUGAUUUCUGACAACAGCUGUUCAAUCGUGCGAGUACUAAACUACGUUAUGCUUGGGAAAACAAAGAUCACUUCUGGGACCAUGUUGAUCGUCUGGAGUCAGAACAGUGUUUUUAAAGAAGUACGCCAUAUAAUCAAAAACAACAAUGAGAUAACAUUCGUCUGCCAUACAUAUAGUGCCGUACAGUUCGUCGAACAUUUAGAUGCAUAUGUAGUUGAUCCGCAAAAUUUUGUGAUCGAUAAAUGCAGUAUUGAAGACAUCACACAUUCUCCGUCCCAUUUACAUCACUUGCCAGAUGGCCGGAAAGCAAUCCGCCUUCGAAAUUGAUUCCUUAUAAUGUACAAUUGCGGUGUAAGUAUUUCGCUGCUUAAUGUAAAAGAUUUUUUCCCUUUAAUUCCCACUAUUUGCAUCUUUUGAGACACUUUUGACCUUAGUUGAGGUUGAAGUACGUUGUCAAAAGAUGCAAAUAAAUAGUUGGAACUAAAAGAAAAGAACUUACUCGAUUUUCUUAUCUUUACAGGUAUUCCACAGCGCCCGAAUUAUUGUAUAAUUAAAUAAAUGGUUAAAACAAAACGGUUUUCUAUUUUGUUUCUUUUCGAGGGACAGAAAGGCGUCUAGGAAAUAAAUGUAAAAGGACAAUAAUGAAUUAUACCUGGAAAUAGUAGUUUACGUAACAAGGUGCAGAAUGACGAUUUUUACAGCACGAGUCGUACAUUUAUCCAACGAGGCUUGCCGAGGUGGAUAAUUACGACAAGUGCUGGAAAAAUCGAGUUCUGCGCCUAGUUGCGUACAACGUUUUUUGCAAUUUCAUAAAUUACCCUUGAGGAUAGUUUUAAACAAAACGUUUUCACAAACUGCACACUGAUGUUCAUAGCGAUGUUCAAGAAAAUCUGAUCAUAACAGGUUAUGCUGUGCAGUUGUCACAAUUUUUCAAAACUGCGUCCAGAAAGCAUCAAUAAGUUGACCAAAACUGAAACCAGUGCUCAAAUGGUUCAUUACGCAACACAAAUCAGUGCUGUAAUGAGCCAUUACCGCACUGUUAAUUUGGUGUGGGAAAGUAGGCCUUUUCCUGACAUAUUUGGGUGAGGUAAAACAGCCUAUUACGAUGAGAACUUACAAAAAAUUUCUUUCACUGCUUCCUGUGUUUUUGUAAUGAUUUUAUUACUACUAACAAUUUAUACAAUUCAGCCUUGCUUUAUUUUAUUAUAUAUUUUUUUAAUAGAAAUCUUUUCUUUUCUAUGCAGACGGCGGGCGACAUGGAACAUAAAAUCAGCACGCGUUUGGAUUUCCUUAAGGAAAAAUUCGAGAACCUUAAUUUGCAGCCGCAAAUUGUUUCGGUUGGGGCAUCGCGGGGAGAAGGAGCGGUGCUCGUUAUUUUCGGGGGAGCGGAGUACAAGGCAGACCACAUCCUCCAUGCCAUUUGCAUUUGCAUGCAAGUGGUAUAUGUUUUGAAUCUCCAGUAUGCACCAGACUGCAAGCCCCUCUGGAUGUUCUUGCAGGCUCAUCUGUUCAAAAUCCCAGCGGUAGAUCUACCCAAAAGCACCCGCGAUUUACUGCGGGCUAUUGAGUAGGCCUUUAAGCACAAUGAUGAAUAAAUAUUGGAUCUUUUAAAAAGAACACACAACUAGACCUUCAAUCAAACCGGAAUCAAAUGACAAACAUCAGAAUUAUGAAUGCGGCUUCUGUUUCGUCAUUCGGGGAAAUAUCUUUCGGGGUAAUAUGACACUCGGGGUAAUGGUUGUAGGCGUAAUUUAAUUCAGGGUAAUGUUAUAGGAUCAGGAUGUUAAUGUGUCAUUCGGGGUAAUGGUUUUCGGGGUAAUUGAAUUGAAGGAAAUCUAGCGUAACAUUUGAAAAGGGCCUAUCUGCUUUUUAUAAACAAACACGUUUCUUUCGCAGCUGGGCUUCACGCAUCUCAAUGCCAUUAACCUACCAUCAGUCGCUUUUUUUUUUGGCUUUUUCAACUCCCCCCUCCUAUGUCGCACUUUUUGUAAGGGAUCUCUGAACUUUUUGUAAGGUUCGUUACAUUUUGCUGAACCCCCCUCCCCCCUAAAUGCAUGACGUAAUCUAUGGACGCCCCCUAUAUCUAUGGACCAUUUUACGAGACGGUUCAGAACAACUGAUCGCUCAUUUUAUGAAUGAAAAUUUGACAGUAUGGAGCCAGGUCAUUUUGACAGAUCUCACACGAGCAAGAAAAGGUCGGCAAACUGCAAGAAAAUUGUUCGUCUCUUUCUUGCAUGUGUGUGAUCUGCCAAAAUGACCUGGCUAAUGUCAAACAUUUCGAGGUUAGGUUUCGUGGUGUAAUGAAGAAUAGACUUUGUUUUUUUUGCAGCCAGACAAGACAAAAGAAAUCUCAAAAAGUGCAGCCAAACGAGCAAAGCUCGUAAGGAGCAAGCAGUGAGACAUGACAGAAAACGUGAUGCCGUGCGAAAGAGAGCCUGUAUUGUUUACGUUCGAAUCCACUUUCGAAAGUAUUUCGUGUGUAUUGCCGUUUACGUCAGCAUAAUCAAAUGAGCGAAAGAUUCGAACUAAUCAAAUUCGAUCGAAAGUGGAUACAUCCGUAAACAAGAAUGAGGGUGAAAUAUUAUAAUCAUGAGUACUUCUUGUGAUUCCAUGAAGGCGAAUCAUGACUACAGCAUGCAUGCUUCAUAGUAUCAUGACUCUAUGUACGGCAUUUUGCUAAUAAAACGGGCAUCAUUAUUGACAAAUACCAGAAUCAUAAAAAUUACUUCAAUAUUCAGGAACCUUGUUCAUGAUUUCAGAGUGCGUGCUUCACGAUAACAUGACCUUAAUUGCCACUUUGCACCAAUUAAUCCGAUAGUAUAAAUUACAAAUACUAGAAUCAUGCAUACUGCUUAUGUUUUUAUAACAUUGGGUAAUAAAUUUAGAACAUGCUUUAUGAUAACAUGACCAGUACUACCAUUUUUCGCAAAUCGAUCCAGUACCAUAAAUGACAAAUACUUGCACCAUGAGUAAUGCUCAAGCUUUCAUAAAUUUAGUUCAUAGUUUGAGUACGUACUUCAUGAUAAUAUGAACCGACUUACCAAAUUUCGCUAAUAAAACUGGAACCAUAAAUGACAACUACUAGUUCUAUGAAUACCGCUUCUGGUUUUAUGAAUCUAGUUAAUAGUUCUGGUAUUCAUGGGCAUGAUAUCAUGACUUAACUUACAAAUUUUUGUCAAUAAAUUUAAAAAACGUAACGCCAAGGUGACGUUACGGCAACAUGAGUCAUGAAAGUAUGACCUUUUUUUGUGGUGUAUAUUUAUAACAUGAAAACACACAUUUUAAGCGAGAUCAUGACUCAUUUAGCAGGUUUGAAGCAGCGGAUUUUUUCCCGUGUACAUAUAAAAUUCCUGUCAAAAGUCAUUUGAAAAUAUUCUUGAUAUUUUUAUGAAGUUUCCGGGAGGAAUUUCUAGAUACAAUUUUCGAAUAAAUUUCAUAGGAAAUAACGAAAUCUCUCAAACUCUCACACCUCACGCUCAGCACCCUUCCUUUUGGUCUAAGGUACCAUGAAGUGUAAAUAAACUGCAACAAUACCUGUACACAAUAAAAUAAUCAAUAAACUCGUUCAAGGCCCCGCAGCAUCGCAGCAUCGAACAAAGAAGAGCAUCAAAUCCCUACAGCCUCUCACAUAUGGCAUUUUCCUAGAAUGAGAAAUUAGCCUGCUCGUUCCGGAGUCAUUUUGCAUUGUUCAGCACGUCAGAAGCAAUCAGACACCCACUGCGUUGAUGAUGUGGUGAGCACACUCUGCACAGCACAGCACAGGCCAUAACAUUAUUAUAACCGUCGUCCAACGGCCAUUAUCGCUAAUUAGCAUCAUCUUCAAUCACCCAUGCAUCGUCGAUCAAUUUUUUGUUCUGGUCCCGAACGUCGACGUAUGUAAUGUAGGUAGGCACCUAUGCAUCCGUCCGUACAGUGCGAGGUUGUGCCAAAUCAUCCUACUCAAAUUUCAUCGAUUAUUUCAGCAUCUACCAGAUGUUGGCUGGGAUGAUUGGUGGAUGCCAGUAGACAUAAGGACAUAAAAAAUCAGUUUAGUCUCAUUGUCGAUAUUCUUCUGCGUCAAUAGCUUGAAGGGAAAUAUGAUAUACCAAACCCCUUAUUUCUUAGCACGAAGAACGAGCAAGUUAAUUAUCCAACUGCGAAGAUGUGCUAGAAAAUCAGAAAUGUUUUACAUUUAGGUGAAACAAUGCCUUUCAAUCGACAUUUUAGAAAACAUCUUCACAUUUCUAUUAAGUAUCAUGCCUAAAACUGCAAUUACUUAUAUGGCUACAUUACACAUCUGUGAUCCACAUGAGACCGAUGCAAAUAUUUAAUUUGUUUUGUGUCAUCCCCCCCCCCUUUCGACGAGGAGAUAGAGAACCGUGCUGCGGAUAUUCCGAAAGGUGGAAGCGUAGCAGAUCAAUGGAGCGCCAUCAAGAACGCAUUCGUCGUCACCGGUGAAUAAUUCGGGUGAGCUACGCACCCAGAGAAAGCAGUGGGUCACAGAUAGCACCUGGAGGAGGAUAGAGAAGUGAAGAAACGCUAAAGCCGCGAUAGAGCGAGCAAAAACACGUGGAGCCAAAGUCGUAGCCCGUCAGGGAUGUUCGGCUCUCGAGAAGGAAGUGAAUCGCUCAUGUUGGUGGGACAAAAGAGCGUGGGCGGGCUCCCUAGCCGACGGAGGCGAGAAAGCCGUAAACACCGGUGACAUUUGUCUCCUCUACGAUGUCCCACGACGCCUUAGCGGGAUUAGAACAAAUGCAGCGACCCGGCGAUUGGUCGACCCGGCUGACCAGCUGAAACACUGGUUGAAACACUUUGGAAACCGAAACCUUUUUCACCACCACACCAUCAACACCUCAGUAUGACCCGCCAAGGGUUCGACGCAUUAACCGUGUCCACACCGGAGCUCCAUCAAUGCAGGAGUUAAAAACAGCCAUCUGUAGCAUGAAAUCGAAAAGGGGCCCGGGGUCGAUCGCAUAUCAGCCGAUAUGCUCAAAGCUGACUCCGUAGUAUCUGCACAACUGCAGAAUCAAUUAUUCUGCAAAACAUGGGAAACCGCUGUGUUUCUCAGUGACCCGUGUAGCUGCCGGCUUAGAAUAGCACUACGGAGCACCUGUUCCGGGAGUAAAAGUCCACCAAACAGGUAACCCCAAUCCAAGGUGUCAGGCGACCCGUGUUGCGUCGCGGUGAUAGAUCUACCAAACCGAGUCUAGUGUCGUUCUAUUUUUCAAUUUUGGAAUGUGUGUUCUGGUAAUUCAAGGAAUUAUAGUAUUUAGUCCUUCCUACUGGUGUUUUGAUGACUUCCAGUUUUAGAAUAAAACUGAGUUUACCAACAUUACUUUGCAUAUAGUUAAAAUGACCCGUAACGUAGGUACACUGUGGUGCAUAAUUGAUCGGACAAACGCCGAUUUUCAUACAAAAUGGCCAAGUUUGAGAUGCUGUAACUAUGGUUUGCUUUGAUGGAUUGAGUUCAAUUUUUGACACGGAACUACAAAUGUGCUGAAUUUUGUGUAUACGAAGUAUAAAAUGUUUUCGUUCACAGGUCUGUGCGUGGCAAGGCGUUGGAAAUAUUGCAAAAGAGACCGGACAGCGGUACCCCUUUGAUUUACACGCGUGUCGCUGUCCGAUCACUUUUGCAAUUUUUUCAACGCCUUGCCACGCGCAAACCUGUGAAUGAAAACAUUUUAUACUUUGUAUACACAAAAUUCAGCACAUUUGUAGUUCCGUGUCAAAAAUUGAACUCAAUCCAUCAAAGCAAACCAUAGUUACAGCAUCUCAAACUUGGCCAUUUUGUAUGAAAAUCGGCGUUUGUCCGAUCAAUUAUGCACCACAGUGUAGAUCACCUUGGAACGGUGCGUUACGGUGUAAGAUCUACGAUAUCAAGUUUUGAUUUUGCUAUUUUCCAGCCUGGUUUAUUUAAAUGCAGGAACAUUCCAGGAUCAAGAUUUGGUAAACUUUUUAACACUAUUUAUCAAUUUAUUGUUUUACUCUAUUCAUUUUUCACUGCUAAUAUACCGUUUGUUUCAGAGAGAUGGAGGUAAAUUUAACUUAUAUAUAGGUAAAUAACAAUUUACAAAAACAUAACAGUGGAGAACGUAUCACAAUUUAAUACUAUUUUCUAUUUCAGAUUUGCAAGCAGGCAAAUAGCGAUCAAAACGGCGAAGUAUUUCUUUCUUUAGAAAGGUCAAGAUUACCGUACGAUUCAGUGACAAGUAGACCACGUUUUCCGCGUCGAUUUAUUCGUGUCGAGUACCAUAAUUUUUUUUUGUUCAUCACAUCUUUAACGGUUUAGGUUUUUCAGCAUUGGCAGUAACACUAAACGGAAUUGCAUACAAUUAUUUUGAGACUGAGAAACGAUAAGUUUAGAACGUGCGUUAUUACGAGUUGAUCCGACAUUAGCGUAGUUUAAAAAUUAUUCAUACCCGGUAUAUAAUUAAAUUUAAUACACAUACAUACAAUAAAAUUAUUGUAUUCUUCCGACAGCCGGCUGGCGGAAGACUAAAUCAUAUCAAGGGUUGCAUAGCUUACAUCACUUACCAAUGUAAAUCCAGACCUAUGUAACUUUCUAUCCCUUCCCUUCCCUUGUUACAAUCCUUUCUGUGACAACCGUGGAGAUGCGGAGGUACACACGGACUCUAGUAGAAACGGAUGUCACAUCAACAUUCCUUCCCUUCCCCGAUGACCGUAAGGACGUGGCCGGCGCCGGUACUGACAAUAUAAAGUUUUGAACCUUCAAAAUUGCACAUUGAGGAUGGAAAGCUACACCCAGGCCCCAUCCUUUUGGUUCCCUGUGCAAUUUUGACUGUUCUGGUCAGUAACGGAGUAGCAACUACGAAUUGUACGGUCAUCUCAUGCUCUCAUUCUCUCUUUACUUUGCAUAUAGUUAAAAACCUCACCAUCUGAGGCUAAACUCAAUGCAAAGGAAAUCAAACUGGGUUAGGGAUCCAUGUAUGUACUAACUCUUCGAAGACUGGAAAGUGCUAGUACGCAAGGAACAUACUAGAAUCCUUAUUACUGAACACAUGUUCCAUUACACAAGUUUACAAAAUAAAACGAAAGUCGUGAACUUCUGUCAACGACCAAAAUUUUUGAAGCACAAUUUAGUGCUGAUUUCGAUACCGACCUUCAAAAAAUUUAAAGUAGAACAGUUUUUGAGUUUUAGCUCAAUAUCGAGUUUUAUAACUUUUCAAAAUAAGUAAUUUACUACAAUUCAAAUAUAUUGCGUUUUGUUCAACCAAUUUUAAAUCUUUUUCCAUAAAUUGAAAGCUGAAUACAAUACCAUUCGAUCAUCUGAAUACAGGUUUUGCAUCAGAUUGAUGAAAUUCAAGAUAUUGGCGAGUUUUAGGGACGAUCUUCUUGAAUUUUAGCAAAAUUCCCAAAUUUUUUUGAAGAAAUGUAUUUUUUUCAAUAAGAAAAAAACAACCUAAAAAUUCUUUCUCGACGUUUAUUUGACAUAUCAUAUGUAGGCGAGUUACAGUAAAAAUUUCAGCUCAAUCGGAGCAUUGAUUACGGAGAAUGAGAUGUUUGAAAUGAGCGACUUUGCUUAAAAAUAGAACAAAAAUCGAUUUAAAAUCAUCAACCUUGUAUGGAAAGUCGAAAAAAUUUCCGCUCUACUGUAUUUUUUUCCUUCGCGUUUUCGAACUCAGGGCAUGAUUCUACAUCAAAAAUGAUCAUCAGCUUACCGAGUUCAAAAAUGCUGUAAACUAGUGUUAUUGGCAUUCGACCUUUUGUCAUUUGACGUUUUGUCCCUAAACCGUGUAGACCAUAUUGUUAUGCUCCGUAUCAUCUCGGAGCAAAUCAAUGAAUUCCAUGAAUUUCUCUAAUUGGUAUUCAUUGAUUACGAAAAAAGCUUUCAACUAUCUCAAUCAUGAAAACAUGUGGAAGCCCUCAGGGAGUCCCUGAGAAAAUGAUCAGCCUCGUUGAAGCACAGUACGCGGCAUUUUCGUGCAGAGUACUGCACAACGGUGUCUUGUUCGAUCCCGUCCGGGUCGUUGCUGGAGUGAGACAAGGAUGUAUACUAUCACCGCUAUGCUACUGUUACUCAUCGUUAUCAACGAGAUCCUGAUAGGUGCGAUUGAUCGUGAAAUCAAUCGUGGGUUGCUGUGGCAGCCCAUUACCAUAAAGUACUCAACGGCGCUCUGAUAUGCAGAGCAAGCUCGAUGAUCUUGCCAAUCGCUCCUCAACGGCAGGUCUUACCAUCAACGUCAACAAGACCAAAUCGUUGGAUGUGAACACGGUCAGCCCUUCCAGCUUUACGGUAGCUGGGCACUCAGUAGAGCAUGUUGAUAGCUUCAAAUAUCAAAUGGCGGCCGAUGGUGGCUCCAAGAUCGGUGCACGGAUUAUGAAGGCGAGAGCUGCCUUUGCGAGUUCAAGACAUGUAUGGAGAAACAACCAGUUAGUCGACGCACUAAAAUCCGAACUUUCAACUCGACGGGAAAAUCUGUGGUGCUGUACGCCAGUGAAACAUGGUGUGUAUCAGUGGAGAACACUCAACGGCUGCAGGUCUUCAUCAAUAGAUGCCUGCGGUAUAAAAUUCAUGCGUGGUGGCCUCACAAUUGGAUCUCCCACGUGGAGCUCCAUUGUCGAUGUCACCAAAAGCUGAUAGCGUCAGAAAUUUGGGAGCCAAAGUAGAGGUGGGUCGGCCACACUCUCCACAGAGAAGGAAACGAAAUCUGCAAGCCAGCGUAGGAUUGGAACCCAGCAGGACAUCGCAGCAGAGGCAGACCCAGAGGCUCAUACUGGUGCAGCCUCAGCAACGAAAUAAAGUAAGUCGACAGAAAUUUGAACUUUGCCGCAGAUGGUGGGCAAUCACCCAAGAUGGAGUGGAGAUCCUUCAAUUCGGCCCUCUGCACCACAGUGGGUGCUCAGAACUGAAAGUAAGUGAGUAUCCCAUCAUGAAUUCACUCAAGGGCUUCCGUAUUCAAAAUUUUCUGAUGUUACCAUUAUAAUUUGCCGAAAGCAUAUUCUCAAAAGAUCCCCAGAAAAAUUUCUGGACCAUCCCCAAAAACAAACACAAAAUCACAAUAAUGAGAUCCUGGUAGAUUCCCGAUUAAUGCUCCUGGAAAUUGCCGGAAGAAGCUUUUUUAUCAUUCCAAAAAUAAGCUCUCUCAAAAGGAACAUCCUGAGAAUUCCCAGGAGAAAUCCAUAAGGGUUUCACGGAGGGAUUUCCGGAAGGAUCUCCUGGCGAAUUUUCAGAAGAAGCUCCUGAAGGAUUUCCCGCAAAGCACUCCUGAAUGAUUCCAGGAAGGAACUCCAGAUCAUUCAAAGACCCUCCAGUUUUUCCUUGCGGAAAUCCACCAGGAGUUUCUUACAAGAAUCCUGCAAUAGUUCCUUCCGAGAAUCUUCCAGUAGUUCCUUCCGAGAAUCCUCGAGGAGAUUUUUUUGAGAAUUUUGUAGAAGUUACUCCUCGGGGGGUUCCUUCCAAGAAUCAAUUGAAAUUCCUUCCAUGAAUCUACAGUAGUUCCUUUAAAGAAUCUCCCAGAAGUAUAUUUCGAGAAUCCUCCAGGAGUUCUUUACGAGAAUCUUCCAGAAGUUUCUUUCAAGAGUCCUCCGGGGGUUCCUUCCAACAAUCAACAGAAAUUCUUUCAGGAGUAUUUUUUAUGUAUCCUCCAGUAGUUCGCUACGGGAAUCCUGCAGGAGUUGCUUCUGGAUAUCCACUAGAAAUUCGUUCCGAGAAUCCUCCAGUAGUUUCUGCUGGGCAUCCUCCGGGAGUUCCUUCUAGAAAUUCUUCAGGGGUUCUAUUCGGUAAUUCACCAGGAAUUCUUUUCGAGAAUCCACGGGAGUUCUUUUGAAGUUUCUUCCUUCGGUCCUUCGGAGAAUCCUCGAGGAGAUUUUUCCGAGAUUUUUCCAGAAGUUACUUCCGAGAGUCCUCCGGAGGUUUCUUCCAAGAAUCAACCGAAAUUCCUUCCAAGAAUCUGCAAUGGAUCCUUCAAAGAAUCCUCCAGAAGUAGUCAUAUACGAGAAUCUUCCAGAAGUUCCUUCCGGAGUCCUCCUAGGGUACCUUCUGGGAAUCCUCCAGAAGUUUUUUCCCGGAAAUCCUACAGGAAUUUCAGGAGGAUCUUUCAGGAAUCCUCCAGUAAUUCAUUACGAGAAUCCUGCAGGAGUUCUUUCUUAAUAUCCAUCAGAAAUUAGUUCCGAGAAUCCUCCAGAAUCAACAGAAAUUCUUUCCAAGAAUCUGCUGUAGUUCCUUCAAAGAAUCCUCCAGAAGUAUCUUUCGAGAAUCCUCCAGGAGUUCUAUAAGAGAAUCUCCCAGAAGUUCCUCUCGAGAGUCCUUCGGGGGUUCUACAGGAAAUUCUUUCGGGGAUCCUCAUUUUCGAUAAUCUACGAUAAUCUACGAUAAACUAUAGGAUUUCCCUUCGAGAAUCUUUCAUGAGGAUCUUUUAGGAAUCCUCUAGGAGUUCCCUACGGGAAUCCUGCAGGAGUUACUUCUGGAUAUCCACUAGAAAUUCGUUCCGAGAAUCCUCCAGUAGUUUCUUCUGGGCAUCCUCCGGGAGUUCCUUCUAGAAAUCCUCCAGGGGUUCUUUUCGGUAAUUCACCAGGAGUUUUUUUUUUUCGAGAGUCCAAGGGAGUUCUUUUAAAGUUUCUUCCUUCGGUCCUUCGGAGAAUCCUCGAGGAGAUUUUUCCGAGAUUUUUCCUGAAGUUACUUCCGAGAGUCCUCCGGGGGUUUCUUCCAAGAAUCAACCGAAAUUCCUUCCAAGAAUCUGCAAUGGAUCCUUCAAAGAAUCCUCCAGAAGUAGUCAUAUACGAGAAUCUUCCAGAAGUUCCUUCCGGAGUCCUCCUAGGGUACCUUCUGGGAAUCCUCCAGAAGUUUUUUCCCGGAAAUCCUACAGGAAUUUCAGGAGGAUCUUUCAGGAAUCCUCCAGUAAUUCAUUACGAGAAUCCUGCAGGAGUUCUUUCUUAAUAUCCAUCAGAAAUUAGUUCCGAGAAUCCUCCAGAAUCAACAGAAAUUCUUUCCAAGAAUCUGCUGUAGUUCCUUCAAAGAAUCCUCCAGAAGUAUCUUUCGAGAAUCCUCCAGGAGUUCUAUAAGAGAAUCUCCCAGAAGUUCCUCUCGAGAGUCCUUCGGGGGUUCUACAGGAAAUUCUUUCGGGGAUCCUCAUUUUCGAUAAUCUACGAUAAUCUACGAUAAACUAUAGGAUUUCCCUUCGAGAAUCUUUCAUGAGGAUCUUUUAGGAAUCCUCUAGGAGUUCCCUACGGGAAUCCUGCAGGAGUUACUUCUGGAUAUCCACUAGAAAUUCGUUCCGAGAAUCCUCCAGUAGUUUCUUCUGGGCAUCCUCCGGGAGUUCCUUCUAGAAAUCCUCCAGGGGUUCUUUUCGGUAAUUCACCAGGAGUUUUUUUUUUCGAGAGUCCAAGGGAGUUCUUUUAAAGUUUCUUCCUUCGGUCCUUCGGAGAAUCCUCGAGGAGAUUUUUCCGAGAUUUUUCCUGAAGUUACUUCCGAGAGUCCUCCGGGGGUUUCUUCCAAGAAUCAACAGAAAUUCCUUCCAAGAAUCUGCAAUGGACCCUUCAAAGAAUCCUCCAGAAGAAGUUAUAUACGAAAAUCUUCCAGAAGUUCCUCCCGGAGUCCUCCUAAAGUACCUUCUGGGAAUCCUCCAGAAGUUUUUUUUUCAAGAAUCCUACAGCAAUUUCUUCCGGGGAUCCUUAUUUUCGAUAAUCUACCAGGAUUCCACCAGAAAUUCGUUGCGAGAAUCCUUCAGUAGUUUCUUCCGAUUCCUCCAAGAAUUCUCCGGGAGUUCUUUCUGAGGUUCAUUUUGGGAGCCUUUCAGGAGUUCCUUCCGAGAAUCUACAGGAGUUCUUUAAAAUAAUCCUCCAGUAGUUUCUUUCUGAGAAUUCAUCUGUCCCGAAAUUCACCUGGAGUUCCUUCCGAGAAUCCUUCAAGAGUUCCUUCUAGAAAUCCUUCAGGAGUUAUUUUCGAGAACCUACAAGAGUUCUUUUAAAGUACCUUUCUCCGGUCCUUCGGAGAAUCCUUGAGGAGAAUUUUCCGAGAUUUUUCCAGAAGUUCCUUCCUAGAGUCCUCCGGGGGUUCCUUCCGAGAAUCAACAAAAGUUUCUUCCAAGAAUCUACAGCAGUUCCUUUAAAGAAUCCUUCAGAAGCAUCUUUCGAGAAUCCUCGAGAAGUUCCUAACGAGAAUCCAGAAGUUCCUUCCGAGAGUCUUCCAUUGGUUCUAUCCGGGAAUCCCCCAGAAGUUCCUCCCGGGAAUCCUCCAGAACUUCCUUCCGGGAGUCAAGCAGAAGUUUCUUCUAGGGAUCCUUAUUUGCGAUAAUCUACCAGGAAUUCCUGUCAAGAAUCUUUCAGGAUUUUUCAGGAAUCCUUCAGUAGUUCUUUACGAGAAUCUUGCAGGAGUAUCUUUCGGAUAUCUAUCAGAUUUUUUUUCCGAUAAUCUUCCAGUAGUUUCUUCCAAGAAUCCUCCAGAAGUUCCCUUUUGGGCAUCCUCCAGGAGUUCGUACUGGGAUUACUCCAAGAGUUCCUGUUGAGAAUCCUCCGGAGUUUUUUUUUUCGGAAAUCCAAGGAAACCCCUUCCGAGAAUCCUUCAAGUGUUCCUUCUGGAAAUCCUCCGGUAGUUCCGUCCGGGAAUCCUUCACGAGUUCUUUUCGGUAAUCUAUCAGGAGUUCUUUUCGAGAAUCCUCCUGGAAUUCCUUCCAUGAAUCAUCCAGGGGUUCCUCAAGGACUUUUUUUUCGAGAAUCCUUCAGCAGGUCUUUCAGAGAGUCUCCCAGAGAGUUCCUUCGCGAAUCCAGAGGAAACCCUUCCAAUAAUCAUUCAGAAGUUCCUUUAAAGGACCCUCAAGGAGGACUUCCCGAGAACCCUCAAGGUGGCCAAGUCCCCGGAGGAAUUCUCUAAGUGAAAUUUCUGGAGGAGUCCCUAGAUAGAAUUGCUGGAGAAAUCCUCGAAUGGAAUUUUGGAUGAAUCCUCCAAUUGAAUUUCUGUAGGAUUUCUCGGAUAAAGUUCGUGGAUGAAUUUCAAGAUGGAAUUCCUGAAGUAAUUAACAAAUGGGAUUACUGGAGGAAUCCUCGGAUAAAGUUUUGGAAAGCUUUCCAAAUGGAAUUCUUAGAGAAAUCCUCAUAUGGAAUUUCUGAAGAAAUUCUCGGAUGGAAUUCUUGGAGGAAUUCUCGGAUGCCUGGGAGAGAAUGAGAGAGUUCUUGAAUGAAAUUCGUGGGUGGAAUUCUCUGAGAAAUCCUCAUUAAAGAUUCCUGGAAAAAUUCUCGAAUGAAAUUCCAGGAAUAUUUUUCGGGACAGAUUCCUGUAUAUAUCCCCAGAUGGAGUUUAUGGAAGAAUUUUCGGGCGGAAUUUUCGGAAGAAUAUGGAACUCUUGGAGCAACACUUGGAUGGAGUUCCUGGGUGAUUUCUUGUACGAAGUCCUUGGAGGAGUUCUCAAAAUGGAAUUUCUGGACGAAUUCUCGUGUAGAGGAUUGUUCACAUGGAAUUCAUGGAGUAAUCCUCAGAUUACAGAAAUGAAUUCUUAGAUAAAGUUAUGGCAGAUUUCUCAGGUGUAAUUCUUGGAGAAAUUCUUGGAUGAAAUUUAGGAGGAGUUCUCAGACGGAGUUCUUAUAUAUAUCCUCAUUUUCUUGGAGGAAUUCUCGGAUGGAAUCUCGAAUCUGGUGUAUUUGUCCAAAACGUUGACAAGUAACAUUUUUUUGUCUCAAGAGCAAACUUGUGUGUCUCUGACAGAUUUUGGGCUGCUGAAUCCGAAUCCGGGCUCAGAAUCACUCCAGCACUUCACAGUUUUGAGCUAUGCCUCAAUUUGGCUUAGGGGCAAGACGUCGAAAGCCAAAACGUCGAAAAUGAGCAAAAAGUGAGUACUUUAUUCUUUUAAAGAAAACUAAUUCUUUCACUUGUACAGUUGGCUGUACAGGGGAGCCUUCCUGAGACUGCCUGAAACAACACCUCAGGGUUGGCAUGUGCUUUGACCAGGUAGCGAGUAUUCGCACUAUCUUUAUCCCAGUGUUGCAACUGAACGCUAGCCAAAAAUAAACUGAGCUGGGAUGAGUCAUCAAGUCCUAAGGACUGUAUCGUUAAUUAUGAGUACACCUGCAAAUUGCUGUACCUAUUUGAAAAUGUUUUAUUUAUUUUGUAAAUUAAAUUCAAUUACAUUGUUUAUUGACCAUCAGAAAAUCCCAUGACAUCAUUGUAUAGGGUGCCUGUACCAGUUAUCGCACCACCUAAGAAAAACUAUUUCUACACAAAUAAGAAGAAGACCGACGAAUGUAAACAAUAAGUCAAAUGAUUGAUUAGUUUUCAUACUUUACAGGAAAAAUAUAAAAACGGAGCCAAAGCUACUUUUAGUAUUUAUUACGGCGUGUGCCAAUGAUAGGAACCCUGUACCAGUUAUGGACACAUUUGUUAAUUUGGGUUCCACUUCGCACUAUUUACAUGCAUUCCUUAUGGGAUUUGCCAUAACUGGUACACUAUGGCGAAAUAGGGUGCAAGGAGGCCGAAAAGUUAAGGAAAAUGAUUUAUUUCUACCAUAAUUUGAGCAAAUUGUGAAGUUUGAAUGAUUGCAAUCACCUUUUGUUGUUUACGAUUUUUUUCUUGUUGAUUUGUAUCUUUACAGGUUGAAAAUCAACUAUGGCGAAUUUGAGGUACUAUAGCCAUAACUGGUACACUGAGCCUACUUGUUAAUUGACCAAUUUACCUUUUGGUUGCUUAAAAAACCGAUGCUUAUUGGCUUGAAAUAAAACAAAAGCCCAAAAUCGUGUAUUUUACCCUAUAAAUAGAGGUAUUGAAGCUCAUAAUUGUGACGUGCUGGAGCAAUUCUGGGCCCGGAGUUGGAUUCAGCGGUCCAAAAUCCGUCUGAACUCUCACGGCUCUGAACUUGCAUUUUAUUAACGUAGGUAAUACAGCUCACCAAGUAUGUUGCAGGCCAGAGCACCAGCAAAGCAGUAAAUUCUGUAGAGAUUCAUUGCUUCCAGUGAGCUAUUCGCUAUUCCAAGGAUGCACGACACAGGACAAACAAGAUCUCUACUGAUUGGUUAUCUUUUGUGAAGUUAAAUCCACAUGAAAAACAAUAAUCAGUCUAAUUGGUGUAGAGAACUCUUGGCUAGUGAGCUGAUAAAUUUAAAACUGCAGUCUAUUUUUGCACUACAAAUAUAUGUUUCAAAUUUCAAAUCGCGCUGACGCAAAUUUAUCGUAACUGUACUUACUCAAACGGUACUCCGAAGGCAACACCAACUUCAAAACGUUGCAAUUAGUUAAUUGGAUUAAAUCUCGUAAAUGGCAAGUUUAAAUGCGGGAACCUUAUGUUUUAUGAAUGUUUCGUUUGGUACAUUUAAUCCAUGUGCUCAUCGCGUAUAACUACUAUACUUCUGGUUUCCUUCGCCACUGAUGAUUGUCAGGAAUUUAUUUUAUACAGCUCCGUACAUCAAUCUAAAGCGCACUGACGACGACGUAGACGAUGGUGUGGUCGACGAGCGAAUCGCUCGUUCCACGGAAAGACGUUCUCGACAUCGACAGUCAGUCGUGGCUUGGCAUGGACAAGAUCAAACCAACGAGGACGCCAACAAAUAUGUGUCAGGUAUCCAAGGUGCUAAAAAAAACCUUUCCAAAACGGUUACGUUCAGAAAAAUGGUUAAUGGAUUAAAGUAUUAAAACGGUAUGGUUCACCAUACGGCUGCAGACAGGGGGCUUUUCAACUCGUGGUCAUUCAGUCAGUACAGACAAGUGCAAGUGGAGAUUCCUGCGUUUUCUUCCUCCGCCUGAAAUAACUGUCAGUGUGCAUUUUAAUUUGGUAGAUAAUUCAACCUAUAGUUAAGAUUAAUUCACUGCCAAGCCCCCGUUUUUGCAGAUUUGUGUGAUUCACUGAGGAAAUGAACGCUAGUUAAAAUAAAUCACAAACCCAAGAUAUUAUUGACUUUUGAUAGCCAUAGUUUAACAAUUCCACACAGCCAAUGUUUGCCAACGGAUUGGAUUAUGUUUGCAAACGUACACGAGCGGGCCCGCGCUUACCGAUUUUCCCUCGUAAAACAAUGGUUCGUCAUCAAUCAUGUCCAAACAUUUGCGUGCCAACAACUCAUUUCGGCUGAUUCGAUAAAACAGAGCCGCCGCGGCCGCCAUAUCCCUUGAUUGGAAAUAUGGGUUUCGCGGUUUACUGCAAUCCGAUUGCAACGAAUGGUUCUUUCUUUGGUAACAGUCGGUGGCUUACUUUGAGAGAUAACUACUCCGUUACCUAAUUUCCCUUGAAUAUAAUUCAAAAAUAGAUUUAUAUUUCGCUAUGAAUGUUCUUCGUCUUCUUGAAGCCUUAAUCAAUUAUAGAAACCCUGUAGUAUAGAUAAGUAAUAAAUGACAAAAGUAGUUUCACUCUUGAAGAGAUUGGUUGUUUACUGCCCUCUAAUAGGUUGUGAACCUGCGCGAGUUGCCCUAGCAAGCGAUCAACAAAGAGAAGAAGUUGGUUCAAAGAAAGUUGGUUCCGAAGAUAGUUUCGUCAAGUCUUCAAGAAUUGAUGAAUCGUUUGGAGAUUUCAAAGCUAAACAGAAGAAACUACGGAUGUGGAAGACGAAGGUCGAAUUUCUGCUGGCUUGAGACGACUUUUAGCAGUUUGUGAUCGAAACAAGAUCGUCGAUGAGUGCCGCGGUAUCCGGAUCAAGCGAUGCGGCGGUAGCUUUUCGAAGACAAUCAAUUGAACCUGAUCAAGAACUCAAGAGAGGGCUGCAAAACGGUGAGUCGAUAAGGAGAGCGUCCCACAAGUUCCUACAUACCUUAUGCUUCCACGGAUCUACAGAUGACAAAGGCCGUCAGCUAAGAGUUGUGUGCUUAGCUGGUAGUGCAGCCUGGGUACUGUUCUCCUUCUGACUUCAAGCUCGAUUGAGGCGGUACGUCUCGAGCGUUUGUUCACCAACUGCUGAGUAUGAAUUGCUCCUUCACCGGAAGCUAUACUCAAGAUGGCAGCCCCACCACGGUAGGUAGGGGACCUUAGGCUGUUCCCGAAACCCAAAAACCGUUACAGAAACCGAAAAUGAAAGAUUACGAACUGAUUGUGGAGCGUAGCGAGCUAGGUGGGUCGACCAAGUGGAGGACGAUCUGCGGACCCUACGCAGAGUGCGGAACUGGAGACAACCAGGCAUGGACCGAGUGGAAUGGAGACGGCUACUAUGUACAGCAGAGGCCACCCCGGCCUUAGCCUGAUCGGUAAGGUAAUUUCGAACUGAUUCAACAGCAACGGCUUAGUGCGAACCAACGGAAAGGAAUUGGAACUUGGAAUGUAUUAACCCUAGCCCAGCAGAGUAAACUGACACAACUAGCCAAUAAGGGAUGCCGUAUGAAGCUUGAGAUCCUAGAACUGAGCGAAGCCCGUUCGCCAAACUUUGGAGAACACAGAUUGGCAUCGGGUCAAAUUCUGCUAUACUCUGGCCUACGGAAUGAACACGGUCCUCACCACCAUGGAGUUGGUUUCCUGCUCAGCGCUCAUGCCCACGCUGCGCUCAUGAAGUGGGAACCUAUUAAUGAGAGGAUAAUUGUAGCCAGCUUCAUGGGCUCGAUACCUUACCAUGAUCUACCUAAUGUUACGCGCCAACCGAUGCUUCCAAGUUGCAAGACAAAGAGAACUUUUACAGCCAACUGAAUGCUGUCGAGGACAAGAUUCCGAAAGGUGAUAUCAAGAUCCUCAUGGACGACUUCAACGCGAAGGUUGAUUCCGACAUCUUGGAUUCUGAGCUGAGCACGUCAUGAGACGCCAUGGUCUAGGAGAAAUGAGCGAGAACGGAGUCCUGUUUGCAGAGUUUUGUGGCAACAAUGACAUGGUGAUUGGGGGAUCGGUCUUUCCUCAUCAACCAGUGCACAAAUUGACAUGGGUUUCUCGUGUUGGCGUCACAAAAGAUCAAGUCGAUCGGACGAUCCUGUGUGAACCAUAUUGUCACGCUCCGUAUCAUUCUGGAGCAAAUCAAUGAUGUCCAAGAGUCUCUCUACCUGAUGUUCAUUGAUUACAAAAAGCUUUCGACCGUCUCAAUCACGGAAAUAUGUGGGAAGCCCUCAGGCGCAAGGGUCUCCCUGAGAAAAUCAUCGGCCUCAUUGAAUCACAGUGCAGAGCAUUUUCGUGCAGAGUACUGCACAACGGUGUUUUGUCUGAUCCCAUCGGUCGUUGCUGGAGUGAGGCAAGGAUGUACACUAUCACCGCUACUGUUCCUCAUCGUAAUCGACGAGAUCCUGGUAGGUGCGAUUUAUCGUGAACCAAAUCGUGGAUUGCUGUGGCAGCCCAUUACCAUGGAGUACCUGAAUGACUUCGAAUUGGCUGAUGACGUUGCCCUCCUGGCUCAACGGCGCCCUCUGAUAUGCAGAGCAAGCUCGAUGAUCUUGCCAAUGGCUCCUCAACGGCAGGUCUUACCAUCAACGUCAACAAGACCAACCAUUACAGCUUUACGGUAGCUAGGCAAUCAGUGGAGAAUGUUGAAAGCUUCCAAUAUCUUGGUAGCCAAAUGGCGGCCGAUGGCGGCACCAAGAUCGACAUAGGUGCACGGAUCAAGAAGGCGAAGGCCGCUUUUGCGAGUUGAAGAAAUGUAUGGAAGACAAAAUCCGAAUUUUUACCUCGAACGUGAAAUCUGUGCUGCUAUAUGCCAGUGAUACCUGGUGUGUAUUAGUGAAGAGCACGCAACGCCUGCAGGUCUUCAUCAAUAGAAAUGAAAUCUGCAAGCAAGCGUUAGACUGGAAUCCAGCAGGACAUCACAUCGGAGGCAGACCCAGAGGCUCAUGGCGGCGCAGCCUCAACAACGAAAUCAAGCAAGUCGACAGAAAUUUGACCUGGCCACAGGUCAAGGCGAUGGCUGGCAAUCGCUCAGGAUGGAAAUCUUUCGAUUCGGCCCUUGCACCAGCGUGGGUGUCCAGGACUGAAAGUAAGUAAGUAGCACAAUGUGAUGACGCAUAAAACGUAAAGAGCCUACAACUCUUCACCACGGCGGGCCAAGAACAACAAAGCAUCCUGAAGAUUCAGGUUACUGUAGUCUGUUUCACUCAGUCUUCAAAAAAUCUCACUCCAAGAGCUGCUGAGAUUCAAAACCAUAGGAGCAUGAUCGAUUCGACGCGCUUGUUUCGUUUCGAUCCAGGCAUGCAUUGAAUCUUGUCUCAUGUAUGGGAGGAUUGAAUCCCAUGAUUCAAUCCUUGAUUGAUUCCCACAAGAGUGAAAAUGCAUCGUGUUACCAUAAAUAUUUCGUUGAGUGUUAAGGAAAAUUUUGUUUGGCAGAAUUCACUGGAAGCAAGUUGGGUUGAAAGUUGCUCCUGUUAUCAUCUCAGGAGAAUAUUCUCUGUAGGAGGGUCUGUAGUAUGCUUGAAUCUGCGUUCCAAAAUGGAAAAUGUUCUGAUGACACAGUUCAGAGUAGUCGUUUCGAGACAACAGAAAGUUCGAAGCAAACAAUGACAGCAUUCUUUAUUAAGUUUCCUACAGACAUUUUGAACGGUUAAUCUUUGCCGGAGUUGAUGAUUUUAAAGAGCGUCCAGGAGGAUUUUCCUAAUCCAACAUACCUGUUACCCCCUUGAAUUGAAAAAAAAAACAUUAGCCAACAGUUUACCCAUUAGAGCCGGAUAGAGCUACGGUGGCUAAGAACGAUGAUUCCUUUUGAGUUCAAUAGAUUCAUCCCACUAAUUUUCUCCCACACAAAGCGAUUUAAGUUCAUAUUGCAUUCCUCAACGGGCUUUUGGGUUUAUAGUCGGUGUACUGCUGACAUUUUGCGUACCACCGGUAACGGUGUAUUAAAUGGGGAGUCACCAGAAAAGGCAAUUAUUUUUAAACGCUGUCAAAGAUCCUUACUCAAGCCAACCUGUUCAGUGCACUUGAACGCAGGGAUUCAAUCUUGGGAUUGAAUCCCAUGCACGAAUCCCGCACGCUAAGAUUGGAAAAAAUCAUGAUCCAAAACGAUCCUGGUUUUCGAGAUUGUUUCAAAGCAUGCUUGUUGGAAUCAUGGAGUAGAAGGAUGCUCUUGAAAGACUGGUUUCACUUAAUAAGUGUUUACCGAGUACUCGGAAACGCAGUUGCGCCAAAACUGGACAGUUACAUACGAAGAUCCAUAAUCGGAUUCACAGCUAUCACAUACAAAUGAAUCAGCUUGCUGAAUAUUCGCCAUGUGAUAGCUGAGUCGGCAGUGGCCAGUCAAUGAUUUGAUCAGCAUACCGCAAUUCUGCUUAGACAGACUUGUUAGAUUCUUCGCCACUACUGAAGGUAGCUUAAUACAAUAGAAUUUUGUUUGACGACAUGACUCCAUACUAUUCCAAUAUUGUUUGUGCUGAGCGGCAGCCCAGGUGAAUGAGGUCAUGUGAUGCUCCAGUGCGAGCUAACUCAUCAGCCAAUUCAUUUCCAGCGGUGGAAGAAUGGCCAGGUACCCCUACAAGGUGAACAGCGUUUGCUGAAUUCAGCUCCUCGAUUUGAUUUCGACAAGCGAUAACUUCCUUGAACCUAGAGUUGGCCGAAGCAGCCAGGCUAUCUGAACAGAAGUAUAUUACUUUGCCCAUUACGUGCUGCUGAAGUGCUGAUUGUACUCCGCACAUAAGAGCAAAGAUUUCGGCCUGAAAAACGGUGCAGUGUCUACCAAGUGAAUAAGACUGAUGCAGCCUUAGCUCACGAGAAUAAACACCAGCCUCUGCUCGACCUUCGAGAAGGGAGCUACCAGUGUAACAUACGAUGCCGUCUGAAAUACUUCUCUCUGUUGUAACCGAGAAGAUCGGUACGGCAUCGGUAGGAAAACAACUGAUCAGGUUCACAGUUCUAAAACGACUCAUGUGUAUUUCACCUAUUUUGAUACAUUUCUUUUUCAGAGCUACCUCUCAUUGUUUCUUCCAUAUUGUGGUAUCUCAUCGAGGGUACAUUUCAUUCGACCGAAUACAAUCUAUUCGAAAUGGUACUAUCUCACCAUAACAACUCCUCCACCCUUUGGAUGGAAGAUCACAAAUCAUUCGAAAAAGUAUAUUCUUCAGAGCUAUAGUAUAUCAACAGAUUCUACAGAGAACAAAACUUAAUUACCUAUAGCGUUACAAUAGUAGUAGUUCCUAAUUAACAAAUGCAAAAGAUGAGCAUAAUUAACAAUUUGCCUAAUUGAUACUUAAGUUUUUUAAUGGAACAUUUAAACCAGA